AUGACAGGUAAGAUUCCACCUUCAGUUGGUAAUCUGUCCAUGUUAAAGGCCUUGGACAUUAGUGAAAACAAUUUCCAUGGCAGCAUUCCUUCUGAAUUGGGGCAACUAUUGAAUUUGUUUCGGUUAUCCAUGGGCGAUAACAACCUUGCUGGUGUAGUACCACACUCAAUUUUCAACAUCUCUGCAUUGCAAAUCCUUUACCUCUCAACGAAUCACUUUUUUGGGAAUCUUCCGUCAACUACAGGCCUUGGGCUUCCAAAUCUUCAGAAACUUUUUAUUGCUGUGAACAAAUUCAGUGGAACAAUUCCUAGCUCAAUCUCAAAUGCCUCAAAACUUACCAAACUCGAUCUAGAAUCGAACUUGUUCAGCGGUAGUGUACCCACGACUCUUGCAAAUUUACCCUACCUCCAAAUUCUCAACCUUCAAUCCAAUAACUUGACCAACGAUCAGUUUGGCCCUGAAAUAGGCUUUCUUUAUUCAUCGACAAACUGCAAGCUUUUGAAGAUUCUAGCUAUAGGAGGUAAUCCCCUUAAUGGCAUUCUUCCCAAGUCCUGUCGAAAUUUGUCCAUUUCACUAGAAGAAUUUCAUGCAGGUUCUUGCCGCAUCAGAGGCACGAUUCCUAGUGAAAUUGGGGUUGAUACCCAACAAUUUUUCGCACUGACUUCCAAAAUACAACCAGCUUUGUGGAGCCUUGAGGAUGUCAACAUUCUGGAUUUGUCCUCUAAUCUUCUAACUGGCUCUCUACCCCCAGAAAUUGGCAAUUUGAAACAUAUCACAGAGUUGUAUCUAUCAGAAAAUCACUUCACAGGUGAAAUUCCAAGCACCAUUGGGCAACUUCAGUGUUUGGAAGCCUUAGAUCUAUCUCAUAAUAGAUUACUAGGCUCUAUACCCUUGUCAUUUUCUGAUUUGAUAAGCUUGAAAUCCUUGAACCUCUCUCAGAAUGAGCUUUCAGGUGUGAUCCCCAAGUCGUUGGAGAAACUUUCAGAUCUUAAAUAUCUGAAUGUUUCUUUCAAUAGACUAACCGGAGAAAUCCCCAUGGGAGGACCCUUUGCCAACUUGACCGCCAGUCUUUCAGGCAAAAUGAUGCAUUGUGCGGAGCACCUCAAUUCCAUGUCAAAGCUUGUAAAAAUCAUAGAAAAUCAGGGAAGAUUCGGACUGUCCUAA